ACUCAGAGGGUCCGUCAUGGCGGUCACUCAGCUGUUAGACCUGCUCUUGUGGAUCGACACGAAGAGCCUGUUAGUGUUCUCCUGUGUCUUUUUACUUCUCUUCGACUACGUGAGGAAUAAAGCGCCGAAGGACUUCCCUCCCGGACCGCUGUGUCUGCCUUUCAUAGGAAACGUUCCUCAAUUCAAUUUCGAGAAGUUUCACAUUCAGCUGUCUGAGUAUGCCAAAAAAUAUGGGAGUGUUUUCAGUAUUCAGAUGUUUGGACCGAGGCUUGUUGUGCUGAAUGGAUACGAGGUAGUGAAAAAGGUGUAUGUUGACCAAGGGGAGGACUAUGCUGAUCGCCCAGAUGUCCCUAUGCUUCGUGAUACUGUCGGAGAUAAAGGAGUUGUUGCUUCCAAUGGAUAUGCAUGGAAGCAGCAGAGGAGGUUUGCACUCUCAACACUUCGGCACUUUGGACUGGGAAAGAAAAGCCUGGAGCCCUCCAUCCAUCUGGAAUGCCGUUACCUGACUGAAGCUGUAUCAAAUGAACAAGGACGGCCAUUUAACCCUCGGGCUCUGUUGAACAGUGCUGUCUCCAAUGUGAUCUCUGUCCUUGUGUUUGGCGAUCGGUUUGAGUACAGUGACAGCGAGUUUCAAAUAUUGCUGAAGACGAUUAACGAAGUUGUGCUUCUUGAAGGAGGCAUUUGGGGUCAGUUGUAUAACAUGCUCCCAUGGCUCAUGCGCAGAGCUCCUGGACCUCACCAAAAAAUAUUCACUUUGUGGAAGAGGUUGUUUGACUUUGCCCGUCGUAAAAUAGAAGAGCACAGUGUGAACUAUGACCCCUCAAACCCGCGAGACUAUAUUGACUGCUACCUCGUUGAGAUGGAAAAAUGGAAAGAUGACGAGGCGGCUGGUUUCGAUAUGGAAAACUUGUGCUCUUGCACAUUGGAUCUCUUCGUGGCUGGGACUGAGACCACAGCCACAACUUUGUCCUGGGGUCUGCUGUACAUGAUCAAAUAUCCUGAAAUACAGGCCAAAGUUCAGGCUGAGAUUGACCGGGUGGUGGGGUCUUCACGACAGCCAUCUGUGAUGGACAGAGAGAACCUCCACUACACAAACGCUGUUAUCCAUGAGAUCCAGAGGAUGGGAAACAUCCUUCCACUCAACGUGGUCCGGGCUGCCACAAAAGACACCCAGAUAGAAGAAUACUCAAUCCCAAAAGGCACAAUGGUGGUUGGCAGCUUGACAUCUGUUCUGUUUGAUGAAACGGAGUGGGAGACACCUCGGUCCUUUAAUCCAGGCCAUUUCCUGGAUGCUAAUGGAAACUUUAAGAGGAGAGAUGCCUUCAUUCCUUUUUCUGCAGGAAAGAGGGUGUGUCUAGGUGAGCAGCUGGCUCGUAUGGAGCUCUUCCUGUUCUUCACCGCUCUGCUUCAGCGCUUCACUUUCAGACCACCAGAGGGUGUCGAGCCCCUUCUGGAGUACAUAUUAGGGGCCACACACAGCCCUAAACCAUACCAGCUCUGUGCCUUUCCACGCUGAGAUAUUGAACUUACAUGCACAUAAUUGAAAAGAAGGAUUUUCUUUUUUUGUUUUCUUUUUAAAGGAUUUUGAUGAUUUUUUGUAGCAUGCUUGUUUUACAUGGGCCUAAGGUGCUGUUAUCUUUAUCAAUCACUGCAGCUCUGUAACUGCAGAAAUUACAUCAUCCUUAGACUUGCUUAGCAUAGCUUUGCAUAGUCACUGCAUAGCUUAGUCGCUGAUAAAUCUGUAGCUUAAAACAUGAGACAGUUGUUUUCCUUAAGUAAAAACAGAUAUGACAAGUCAUCCCUAUCAUAUAUAGAUCUGUGUCUUUCCAUGUCUGGGGUUUCAUGUUGGAUAGUAUCAUAAUAGAGGCACCAUGAUAUUUUGAUAAUUACCAGAUAUUUUGAUAUCUGCUGAUUCCGUUUAUUUACUUCCUAUCUGCUAUGGGGAGCAUAAGAUGUAGCAAUAGAUAUAUAUCAAUGAAACUUGUCAGGAUAUGCAUUUGACAUAAAUUAGCACUAAGUUUUUUUGAAAGCUUUUGUAAAUAAUUUUGGGAGAUCUGUGGGAGAAAGCCACAGAUCAGCAUUUACAUGUAUCACAAUAAAAAUAAAGAGUGAAAGUAUUGAGUAAA